CCCAGGGCGAUUCACACCACGCCUCCCGGAUCCCAAAUGGACGGCGUAUACAUGCGCCCCCAUGAUAAGCCCCAGAAUGACCAUGACGAAAUUCGCCAGACUCCUACGCCGCCAUAGUUGAUACUUUUCUGGCCAGUUGGCGAUGUGGGGUCUUUACUUUUCCCCGUCUUCAUGAGUGUAUGGUUAAUACGUCGUCUUUUCUCGGUAAGGUGGGCAUGAUUACAUUUUCCUUUCACAUGCCCAAAUAUGUAUCAAUGACCCAUUAUUAUUUCUGUCUACAAUUGGCGUCACAUACCCUCUUUGCACCACCUUUUGUUUUCUCAGUCUCUCUUCGCAAGCUUCUUAUUUCGCCUAUAGACUUUGGUUGCCAGCAUAUCGGUCUUGUUUUCUGCUUUCAAGCGGUUGUUGCCCGCAUUAUUUUUCUGAUCUUCUCUCCGCACCUCGCCCAUUUACCAAGUAUACAAUUGGUCCAUUGCCUCUAUAUCAUUCUACUUCAACAUUGGUCGGUGUUGCAGGCGUUGUCAUGCAUUCUGAAUCCUUUUCAUCCGUGGACAAUCUGGUUGCGAGAUUCUUUGUAUUUUCGUCGUUUGGACUGUCUUGUCUUCACCAGCGCUUUUUCAGAUUUAUUAUAUUUCCGGCUAUACCGUUUAUUCUUUUUUGAGCCAAGACUUGAUUCCUCAUUUUCUUGUUCCCGUGAGGCCCUAUAGUUCUUAAAAUUGGGUGGUAGUGACCGCGCUACACUCAAGUUUCCGUCUGUGU